AUAUAUUUUGUAGGUAACUAGUUAAGUUUUAUUUUAAGGAAACUUUGUCAUAUUAAUUUAGAUGUUAAUGUCUAAUACUUAAGGUUCAAAAUUGUAUGACGUAUCUUAUGCAAGUAAUGUGCAUUAUGUUGCUAUGCGCCGGCGGCAGUCCGCUGCUAGACGCGAUCGGUUUCACUCGACUCUGUAUUCAAAAAUCGGAUUAAAGUUCAUUGUUAAGUUCAACUUCGCCUUUUCAUUCCUCGUGCCAGUGCCUAUGAUCUACAAAGUGGUCUUCGAACCGGAUUAUGCACCGAACGCCUAGAAAAAUAGAAACACGCAAUGCGAAGGCACGUCGGGAGCGCGAAGAACACAUGGCGCGCGAGCGAGAACAAAGAGAAAGUGAGGUUAUACCGCCGUGCAAUGAAGCUAUGCCCGAUGAAGUCAAGAAACCUUUGGAUCCGAUGGUCAAGAAGUUUCUACAAUACAAAUUAAACGCGACAAGCAGCAUAAAGUCGGAGCCGAUGCCGCAAUUUAAGCAAAUUCCCGACACGAAGCCUGCCGCGUCACAUGUGGGUGCCGUCCCGAGCAGCAAGGGCUCACGAAGAUCGUCAGCCUCUAAAGAAGCCAGGCGAAAACAAUUAAUUUUGGACGCUGCAAAGGAAAAGGCUGCGAUUCAAAUGGACAUAAUUAAUAAAACCUUAGACGCGCAACUUGCAGCUCUUAGUGGUAGCGAAGAGGACCUAGAGGAAUACAGUUCACAAAUCGAUGGCAAUUUACCUCUUCGCAACGAUAUAAAUGCGUGGGUUGAGCACCAAAGCAACCACACGGAACUACCUGAGGAGCGGCAAGCCCCCGACAAUGGAGUCACAACGGGCGAGUUGCACAUUUCAGUUCCAGCACGGAUGCCUGCACCUGUCAUACCCUCUGCAUUCACCGAGCAAGCUCAGCCGAUGCCAGCGUCUAACCUAGCACCGCGCGCCGCCGCCGAUGGCCCCAUGCCGGCAGCGCCGCCGGCGCCAGAAGGUACCGUCAGCGCGCUCAACCAAACAGUGCAAUUAUUGGCCGGCGCACUUAAAGACCUAUCGACCGCUAGCAAUCAAGUGCCUAACGCUAGUCUGCUUAGUCGCAUUAGCACACCUAAGGACCUACCUGAAUUUUCAGGUGACCAAUUAGAAUGGCUUCAGUUCAAACAGGCCUACCAGGAGUCAACUGAGGUCUGUAAAUUUACAGAUAAAGAAAAUUUAUGGAGACUUCGUAAAUGUCUUAAAGGAGCCGCACGAGAUGCUGUCGCUGCAUUGUUUAUCAGCGCCACGUCGCCCGACCGGGUAAUGUCGACAUUGGAGCUACGUUUUGGAAACCCAGACAGCAUCAUUUCUCGUAUUCUGCAAGACAUCAAGAAGCUACAGCCUUUACAACUCGAAUAUCAUAAGGAUAUAGUUAUGUUCGCAGUGAAGGUUCAAAAUUUCGUAGAAGCUGUGCGAGCAGUAGGACGCGAGGAGUACCUACACGGCAUGAAUAUCGUCUCCAUCAUCCUGUCCAAGCUGCCCACUGUGCUCAUCUCAAAAUGGUCAGACUACAGUUUUAAACUCCUCCAAGAUGCGCAGAAAUCGAGGUUAGUCAUUCUAUCGGAUUUUCUUAAUGACGAAGCAUUGAAGAUUUCUACAACUGCAAGUUUUUUAACAACUACGCGCAGCGAUACCUUUAAAAACAAGUCUAGCGAGCAUUCAUCUUCCCGUACACAAACUAUUUUACUACAAACUGAAGUAGGCGAUUUAAAAUGUUUAUUUUGCCGAACAGCUGUGCAUAAGUUAACGGAAUGCAAACCAUUUAAGAAAGCGUUGCGCAAAGUACGAUGGCAACAUAUAAAGAAACAUGGUUUAUGCUACAAAUGUAUUAUCUCCAAGCACGAACGCGAUACCUGCAAGGCCCCUGCGUGCGACAAGGACGGUUGCGGAGCUCCACAUCAUCGCCUACUACAUUAUCCGGUAAACAACAGUGCGCGUGACGUCAUGGCGGCGCCCGCACCGCGGCCGAGUGCAAGUGUACCGAAUAAUAGCGCGAUAAACGGACCCGUGCCGCGCGAACCCGCGUUCAAGCCAGUGACGGAAACUUUAACUCAUAUAAAUGCGACCGACAGCAGAGUGUUGUUAAAAGUAGUACGAGUGUGUGUUCAGGGACCUAACGGUAUGGUAAAUAGCACUGCGCUAUUGGACGAUGGAUCUACCAUCUCAUUAAUAAGUGCCAAUCUCGCGCGUCGCGUCGGUCUACAUGGUAUCUCGCAGAGACUGGUCGUUCACGGUGCGUUUAAAAAUGACGGGCUCGAGUACAAAUCGACCAAAGUGAAUGUCGACAUUAAAGGUAUGGACAAUAAGGUUUAUAAUGUAAAAUUGCGUUGUGUUGAAGAAUUGAGUUUGCCAUUACAAACAUUGUCUGUUUUAAAAUUAGUUAACUAUUCUCACCUAGCAGAUAUAAAACAUAAAUUUUGUACCACUGAUUCAGAACCCGAAUUAUUGUUAGGUCAGGAUAAUUUACAUGUUGUGAUACCUAUUCAAGUGAGGGAGGGCAAAAAUAAUGAGCCAUCAGCUACACUCACCCGUCUCGGCUGGAGCGUCCAUGGGGAAGUGUGCGUGCCGCGGAUUGUCCGUCCGUCCAGGGGUUCACCAUCUGUCGCUGUCCAUACUAACCUUUUUAUUGCAGAUAGCGGAUCAGAUCACGAUACCACUUCAAAUGAGUGCCUCCUAAGGGAAAUCCACGAAGAUGUUAGGCGCUCGUUUCUGCUAGAUUCCAUGGGCGUGACGGCGCACGCACGCCAAAAGGCCGACGACGGCCGCGCCGUCGCGCAGCUGGAGCGCUCCGCCGAGCUCAUCGAUGGGCGCUGGUACGUCGGCCUUCCGUGGAAGGACGAACACCGCCCCAUGCCCGACUCCCGCCCAAACGCACUUACCAGGAUGAAGGGUAUUGAGCGCAAAAUGGGUAAGGAUCCAGGAUUCGCCGACAGGUACCGUGAGAGGGUCAAUCAUUUAUUUGAAAAUGAUUACGCUAUGGAACUUACUAAUACCGAGGUCACGCCGAAGACUUAUUACUUACCUCAUUUCGGCGUGGACAACCCGAACAAGCAAAAACUUCGUCUGGUCUUUGAUGCUGCAAGUCAGGUAAGUGGUAGCUCUCUGAACGAUUAUUUGCUCACAGGGCCCGACCUAUUGUCAUCACUUUUAGGUAUAAUGCUGCGCUUUAGGGAACAUCCAAUAGCAGUAACAGGUGACAUUAGGGACAUGUUCUUAAGGGUUAAGAUCCAGCAAGACGACCAGGACGCACUGAGGUUUCUGUGGAGAAACAACCCCACAGAAAACAUAAAGACGUACGCGAUGACGUCACUCAUUUUCGGUGCAAAUUGCGCUCCAUUUGUCGCGCAAUUUGUUAAAAAUAAAAACGCCCAGCGAUUUGAAUCGUCGUUUCCCGCCGCCGUCGAAGCCGUCGUCAACUCGCACUACAUGGACGAUUACAUCGACAGCCUGCCCGACGAGGCGACAGCGAUCGAAAUGGUAAGGAAUGUCAGUGAUAUCCACAGGGCGGGCGGCUUUGAAAUAAGAAACUGGACGAGCAACAGCGUUGCAGUUUUAAACAGCGUGCCAAAGGAGACCUUAGGUACUGCUGCUGUAAGGUUCAAAGUCGGCCAGCAACAUGAAAGCGAGCGUACCUUGGGUCUCAUUUGGUACCCAGCUGAUGACAUAUUGGGCUUCGAUUUGUCAUUAAAACGUAUACCGAGCGACGUACUUAAAGGUGAGAAUAGGCCUACAAAACGUUUAAUGCUAAGAGUAAUUAUGUCAAUAUUUGAUGUACUAGGUUUCUUAGCACCCUUUACGAUUCAAGGCCGAAUCAUGCUUCAAGACGCUUGGCGCUUACAGGUGGAUUGGGAGGAUUACAUUCCAGAUCAGAUUUAUCACAAGUGGCGAAAGUGGGUCGACCUACUAAAGGUAAUUAAAAAUAUCCGUAUACCUAGGUGGUACUGCGCAGCCGCGCGGAAUGCAGUAAGGGACAGCCAAUCGGCGACAGCGCGUGCGAGUGAAAUGCAAGAUUGUGCGCCUACGCACAGUGCUACGAAAGGCUACGAGGGCGUAGCUCCAUCUACAUGUGCUACGACCGCAUCGAGUAGGUACUCAUAUUAUAAUAAUUUACAAGUGCAUUUUUUUAGCGAUGCAUCUACUCAGGCGAUGUCAGCUGUGGGCUAUUGGCGCUGGGAACACAACGGUACUAUUCAUGUUGCAUUUAUUGCCAGCAAAGUUAGAGUUAUGCCGGUAAAACAGCUGACUAUCCCGAAGGCUGAGCUGCAAGCUGCAUUGUUGUCGGCAAGACUAGCCGAUGCAAUUGGAAAGGAGCACAAACUGACGCCUGCGAGGCGUUACUUCUGGUGUGACUCCUCAACUGUGAUACAUUGGAUUCGCAACAAAAAUCGUACGUAUAAGGCCUUUGAAGCAAAUCGUUUGGGGGAGAUUGACGACCUUACCCGCGUCGACGAGUGGCGGUACAUUUCUACUAAACUAAAUGUUGCCGAUUUAGCCACGCGGGACUCGUUUGAUCUAGCCCUACAAAAUGAGUGGUUCAAAGGUCCUUCUUUCUUAUACGCUGACGAAAGUCAAUGGCCUAAAAAUAUUACACCGACCGGUAACAAGGAGGAGAUAGGUGAAUGCAUAGCAGUCGUCCAGAUGCGCGACGAGCCUGCAUGCAUACCAGUGCCGGACCCACAGCGCUUCUCUUCGUGGCUUCGUCUCACCCGCGCCACGGCCACAGUGCUAAAGUUCAUCGCCAGGUGCAAAGGUCAGGCGGCCGAGAUCGACUGCGCUACGAUGGAGCGUGCCGAAAUAUUAUUGCUAAAACACGCGCAAAACGAGUCUUUCGGGGAAGACUUAGGUAGAAUUAAGGCGCACGGGGCUUUACAUCGCGCAAGUAAGUUAUUAAAAUUAUCACCCGUUUUAGAUGCAAAUGGACUACUUCGCGUGGGCGGGCGCAUUGACGCCGCAUCAGAUGUGCCUCUGGACGUCAAGAGACCCGUGAUCCUGGACGGCCGCCAUCAGGUAACAAGAUUAAUUGUUCGGCAUUACCAUGUGAAAGCGGCCCAUGGAAGUCAGGAGAUGGUGGUCAACGAAAUAAAGCAAAGGUAUUGGGUAAUUAAACUUAGACCUACUGUUAAACUCGUGACGUCAAGGUGCAUGUUGUGCAGGAUAAUGAAGAGCAGACCUCAGGUACCUCGCAUGGGAGAUUUGCCAGAGGCCAGAAUAGAACAUCAUCAGCGACCCUUUUUUCACUGUGGGUUGGACCUUUUUGGGCCAAUGGAGGUCGCGGUGGGUCGCCGCAGAGAAAAAAGAUAUGGUGUUCUAUUCACAUGCCUCACAGUACGGGCGAUUCAUAUCGAGCUGGUUGCCUCCCUCACAACUGACUCGCUCAUCAUGGCGUUACGACGAAUGGCGGCGCGGCGCGGCUGGCCGCGCCAUCUGUACUCGGACAACGGUACUAAUCUGAGGGGCGCCGACACAGAGUUGCGCCGGUCGAUGGAGGCGCUAGACAUGGAUGUGCUAAAAGCUGAGGGGGUGAAUAACAACAUGGACUGGACUUUUAUUCCCCCCUCCAGCCCCCAUUGGGGUGGGGCGUGGGAACGUUUAAUACGUUCAGUAAAGACGGCUCUCAAGGUCGUUUUAAAAGAACGAGCACCAAGGGACGAAGUUUUGACCACAUUAAUGGCAGAGGUUGAGAACAUGGUCAACGGUCGUCCAUUGGUGCACGUGUCUGUCGAUCCUGCUGACGGUGAGUCUCUUACUCCUAAUCAUUUCCUUUUAGGAUCAUCAUCGCGACUCCCUCUCGUAGGAGAGUUCGAUGAUUCUGAUCUCAACUUGAGGAAACUAUGGCGGAAGGCGCAGAGGCUCGCUGACAUGUUUUGGCAGAGGUGGCUAAGAGAAAUCUUACCCACCCUCGUGCCUAGGACAAAAUGGCUGGAGGAGCAGAAGCCGUUAAAGGUAGGAGACCUCGUUCUGGUCGUGGAUCCCAACUCUCCCCGCAACAUGUGGCCGAAGGGGUUGAUCACCCAGGUGUUUCCUGGCGGAGACGGUCGCAUCCGUUUAGUGGAGGUGAAGACGGCUACCGGGACUUACCGGCGGUCCGCGGCUCGCAUCGCUCCAAUUCCCGUAAGUUUAGAGUGCUGAGUCAGCACUGGGGUGGGGAGUGUUAGCGAUGCGCUCACUAUACAAGUACUUAUACAUAUAUUUUGUAGGUAACUAGUUAAGUUUUAUUUUAAGGAAACUUUGUCAUAUUAAUUUAGAUGUUAAUGUCUAAUACUUAAGGUUCAAAAUUGUAUGACGUAUCUUAUGCAAGUAAUGUGCAUUAUGUUGCUAUGCGCCGGCGGCAGUCCGCUGCUAGACGCGAUCGGUUUCACUCGACUCUGUAUUCAAAAAUCGGAUU